AAUGCUGUAAACAAAACAAACCGUUGCAACUGGUGGAUUUUAUACAAAACCUUAUUAGUUAAAGUAAAAAAGUAAUCAAAAUGAUAACACUGCGUUGCAGUCUAAGGCUCUGCAAUGGCAGACGCAUUCAAAACGUGACCAAAUGUUAUCAGAGUACCAAGGCGAAGCGUGCAGAGCAUGCCGAGAGAAUGUCCCGUUACGGCAUGGAAUUUCCAGAGAAACUUCUGACCAAGAAACUAAAGAGCGCCGCCAACAUGUACAUUGCCGAUGCAGGAAUAGCACAACAGAUUAACAAUUACCUAGAGCCGCAUUUGAAGGAGUCCAAGUGUGACACAGUGCUGGAGCUGAAUCCCGGGCCGGGUCACCUCACACGACAUUUGCUGGAUCGGGAGUCGCAGUUUCGCAAGCUCAUUUUGAUAGAAUCCACAGAGCAUUUUAUGCCGCGUCUACAGGAGAUGCAUUCACUGUAUCCGGAUCGUGUUAAGGUGCAUCAUGGCGACCUUGUUGGCCUGCAUAAGCUGGCCUUUAUGGAUAAGAUAGAUAAUGGCAUGCGUGUGGCAGACUUGCUCUGCGAUGUGCCACAAAAGGCGUUUAAUGAAGAUAUAAAUAUGCUGGUGCUUGGCGCUGUGGGUUCCUAUCCCUUUUUCAAGCACUUGAUCAAUUCUUUGAUCUUCCAGUCGAGUCUCUACAAUUUGGGACGCUGCGAAAUGAUGCUGGCAAUGCCGCCACCCAUUUACAUUCACUUGACCUGCUCCAAUGACAUUGGUUAUCUGAUCUAUCGCUCCACCUCCGUGCUGUUUCAAAUACUCUUUGAGCAUCGUUUUAUAGCCAAGGUGCCGCGAGAGCUCUUCCUGCCCCAACAAUCCAACUUUAAUCUAAGCAAAAGCAGCAAAUUGCUCAAAAUCAAGUCCAUCAAUCCAGAAUACUUGUAUUUAGUUAAAUUUAAGCCGCGUCGCAAUCUCCAUGAAUUAUGUCCAAUUCAGGAUCUGCCCGCCUUGUGGUUCUUUAUAAAGCAAAACUUUGUGAGUCGCCGCAAUCGCAUAAUACCCAAUUUAGAAAAGUGGAUUCCUGGCUGUGGACCACGACUUAUAAUCAAUCAAAAUGCCUCCGAACCAGUUACGCCCAUCUAUGCAAAUGAAUCCGUUGAGCACUUGCCACAAUACUCAAUGCAGAGCAGCACGAUGAGCACACGAAAUUACUUUCCCGGUAUCAAUAUUUACACUCAGUUUGGCGAUCUGACACCUAGUCAAAUGUUGACGUUAUUUACACAAUUCCGUCGGUGGCCAGAAUAUGGGGAAAGUUCAUUUCUGGCCUCGUUGGAGAACACGUUGCUUAAGCUGGAAUCUGUGACCGACGAACAGGUCUUGGAUGAGAGUGUUAAUCUGGCGGAGGAGGAUGAUAUAAGCAGUGAGAACGUGGAUGAAUUGCUGGAGGCAAACGAAGAAGCUGCUCCAAAGCCCGCCAAGAGUCGCAAGAAAACCAAACAGACUGUUUAAAUUCGAGCUCAGCUCCUACGACUUGUACAAAGAUGUAUAAUUAGUUGUUAUUGUUAACCAUAAAAUCGUGUUGAAUUUAAAUGAAUUGACACACACAUGUA